CAUUGCUGGAUGUGGCCAAGAUGUAAUAGGCAACAAUAUGGCCUAUUGAUCCCCACGCAAGGACAUCAACGAUGUUGAAUCCCACUGGAUCAUUGGACUUGAGAAGGCUGACGUACUCCUUUGGACGGGUGUCGCCUGCCUCAAAGUGGGUCUUCCCGUUCUGCUCCGGCAACCCCUGUUUGGCAAUGUUCUCUCUCUGGAAGUUGAAGAACACGAACCUGCCCAAGAAGAGGGAGAGGCCGGUACUCAGGCUGAUCACCAGUUGAGUAUUGAGCUCUGCCUUGACACAAGCCUGCCCCUGGCCCCGGUGGAUUCAUUUCUAGUUCUAGUGGUGGCCGGGGUCAUCACCUUCUUGAGAAAACAGCCGCCCCCCCUGUUCAGGGGUCUAAGGCCUUGGAAAGAGACGGCAGUGGGGGGUGCUUGCCAUGGAUAGAUGGGUUGGAUUGUGGAAAACAUGAUACUAAAAAAUGUAAUUGUUG